ACCAUACUGGAUUGAAUGAGCCCACGGAGGAAGACAUUAGUCCCGGCCAUCAGCAUCAGCAAAGCCAUCAACAGUCAGGAGGCCCCUGUGAAGGAGAAGCAUGCCCGGCGCAUCAUUCUGGGCACUCACCAUGAGAAGGGGGCCUUCACCUUCUGGUCCUAUGCCAUUGGCCUGCCGCUGCCCAGCAGCUCCAUCCUCAGUUGGAAGUUCUGCCAUGUCCUUCACAAAGUCCUCCGAGACGGACACCCCAAUGUGCUGCACGACUGCCAGCGGUACCGGAGCAACAUACGUGAGGUCGGCGACCUGUGGGGGCACCUGCGUGACCAGUAUGGACACCUGGUGAAUAUCUAUACCAAACUGUUGCUGACCAAAAUCUCCUUCCACCUCAAGCACCCUCAGUUUCCUGCAGGCCUGGAGGUAACAGACGAGGUGCUGGAGAAGGCAGCCGGAACUGAUGUGAAUAACAUUUUCCAGCUUACCGUGGAGAUGUUUGACUACAUGGACUGUGAACUGAAGCUUUCUGAGUCAGUUUUCCGGCAGCUCAACACAGCCAUCGCGGUGUCCCAGAUGUCCUCCGGGCAGUGCCGCUUGGCGCCCCUCAUCCAGGUCAUCCAGGACUGCAGUCACCUCUACCACUACACCGUGAAGCUCAUGUUCAAGCUGCACGCCUGUCUCCCAGCGGACACCCUGCAAGGCCACAGGGACCGGUUCCACGAACAGUUUCACAGCCUCAAAAACUUCUUCCGCCGAGCGUCGGACAUGCUGUACUUUAAGAGGCUCAUCCAGAUCCCGAGACUACCCGAGGGACCCCCCAAUUUCCUGCGGGCUUCAGCCCUGGCCGAGCACAUCAAGCCUGUGGUAGUGAUCCCGGAGGAGGCCCCGGAAGAUGAGGAGCCGGAGAACCUCAUUGAGAUCAGCAGUGGGCCCCCUGCUGGAGAGCCUGUGGUGGUGGCUGACCUCUUUGAUCAGACGUUUGGACCUCCCAAUGGCUCCAUGAAGGAUGACAGGGACAUCCAGAUUGAGAACUUGAAGAGAGAGGUGGAAACCCUCCGUGCUGAGUUGGAGAAGAUCAAGAUGGAGGCCCAGCGGUACAUCUCACAGCUGAAGGGUCAGGUAAACGCCCUGGAGGCAGAGCUGGAGGAGCAGCGGAAGCAGAAGCAGAAAGCCCUGGUGGACAAGGAGCAGCUGCGGCACCAGCUGGCCCAGCUGAAGGCCGUGCAGCUGGAAGGCGCCCGGAACCAGAGUCUGCGAGAGGAGGCGGAGAGGAAAGCCAGUGCCACGGAGGCACGCUACAGCAAGCUGAAGGAGAAGCACAACGAGCUCAUUAACACGCAUGCCGAGCUGCUCAGGAAGAAUGCAGACACAGCCAAGCAGCUGACGGUGACACAGCAGAGUCAGGAAGAGGUGGCGCGGGUGAAAGAGCAGCUGGCCUUCCAGAUGGAACAAGUGAAGCGUGAGUCCGAGAUGAAGAUGGAGGAGCAGAGUGACCAGUUGGAGAAACUCAAGAGGGAGCUGGCAGCCAAGGCAGGAGAGCUGGCCCAUGCACAGGAGGCCCUGAUCCGCACAGAGCAGAGCGGGUCAGAGCUGAGCGCACGGCUGGACACCUUGAAUGCAGAGAAGGAUACACUGAGUGGAGCCAUGCGGCAGCGGGAAGCAGAGCUGCUGGCUGCCCAGAGCUUGGUGCGAGAGAAGGAGGAAGCCCUCAGCCAGGAGCAGCAACGUAGCUCCCAGGAGAAGGGCGAGCUGCAGGGGCGGCUGGCAGAAAAGGAGUCGCAGGAGCAGGGGCUGCGGCAGAAGCUGCUGGACGACCAGUUUGCAGUGUUGCGCAGCGCUGCUGCCGAGGCGGAGGCCAUUCUGCAGGAUGCAGUGAGCAAGCUGGAUGACCCCCUGCAUCUGCGCUGUACCAGCUCCCCAGACUACUUGGUGAGCCGGGCCCAGGCAGCCCUGGACACGGUGAGUGCCCUGGAGAAGGGCCACAGCCAGUACCUGACUUGCUCUGAAGAUGCUUCUGCCCUGGUGGCAGCACUGACCCGCUUCUCCCAUCUGACCGCGGACACCAUCGUCAAUGGUGGCGCCACCUCCCACCUGGCCCCCACUGACCCUGCUGACCGCCUGAUUGACACUUGCAGGGAAUGUGGAGCCCGGGCUCUAGAGCUCACGGGCCAGCUGCAGGACCGGACAGUGCUACCAAGGGCACAGCCCAGCCUAAUGCGGGCCCCCCUGCAGGGUCUUCUUCAGCUGGGCCAGGACCUUAAGCCUAAGAGCCUGGAUGUGCGGCAAGAGGAGCUCGGGGCCAUGGUUGACAAGGAGAUGGCAGCCACCUCUGCGGCCAUUGAGGAUGCUGUGCGGAGGAUUGAGGACAUGAUGAACCAGGCCCGCCAUGAGAGCUCAGGAGUGAAGCUGGAGGUGAACGAGAGGAUCCUCAACUCCUGCACAGACCUCAUGAAGGCCAUCCGGCUCCUCGUGAUGACCUCCACCAGCCUGCAGAAGGAAAUCGUGGAGAGCGGCAGGGGGGCAGCCACGCAGCAGGAAUUUUAUGCCAAGAAUUCACGGUGGACUGAAGGCCUCAUCUCCGCCUCUAAGGCAGUGGGCUGGGGAGCCACACAGUUGGUGGAGUCGGCUGACAAGGUGGUGCUUCACAUGGGUAAAUAUGAGGAACUCAUCGUCUGCUCACAUGAGAUUGCAGCCAGCACUGCCCAGCUGGUGGCAGCCUCAAAGGUAAAAGCUGACAAACACAGCCCCCACCUGAGCCGCCUGCAGGAGUGUUCCCGCUCUGUCAAUGAGAGGGCUGCUAACGUGGUGGCUUCCACCAAGUCCGGCCAGGAGCAGAUCGAGGACAGAGACACCAUGGAUUUCUCCGGCCUGUCCCUCAUCAAGCUGAAGAAACAGGAGAUGGAGACGCAAGUGCGAGUCCUGGAGCUGGAGAAGACACUGGAGGCGGAGCGUGUACGGCUCGGGGAACUGCGCAGACAGCACUAUGUCCUGGCCGGGGUGAUGGGGACACCUGGAGAGGAAGAACCCAGCAGACCCAGCCCAGCUCCCCGGGGUUCAGCCACCAAGAAACCACCCUUGGCUCAGAAACCCAGCAUAGCCCCCAGGCCAGACAACCAGCUCAACACAAAGGACGGUGUCUACCCAGCUCAACUUGUGAACUACUAGGCCUCGAGGUGUGCAGCGGGAUGGCUGGUGGUCAUGCUGGGCCUUACGUCUGGCAAUGGUCAAGGGGCCUCUGAGAGGCUUGAACUCCUGCACCUGGGACCCGAAGCAGCCUUCACCAGCCCAAUGCGUCUUGGCUCCGUGGGGUAGUUGAUCUGGAUUUGAGUCUAUUUAUCUUAGUAGGAACUGCCCAGAGCAGCCGGGACCAGCAGGCCUGAGCCACAACUGCAGCUAACAUCUGGGACAGUGUGAAUAUUGUUAGCCCUCUCUGUCCCAGUCUAGUCCGUACACUGGGGACAGGUCACACAUGCCAGGAGCUGUCCUGCCUCUGAGCUCCAAAGUCUGAGGCUGUAAGUGGACAGAAAGAAAGGGUCCCCUGCUGGCUUUUGGGGAUGAGGGGGUGACCUGUGGCCCUUGAGGGAGAGCAGGUAGGUUAGGCUGUAUCAUCCUCUGGGGGCCUGGUGCUAGGGCAUCCAUGCUCAGAGUCCCAGGAAACCAGGCUUUGUGUGGGGGCCUGGCAACAGUGUGGCCGGGCUGCUGCUGGGCUGUGCCUGGGGCAGCCCUGGCUCAGGUGCUGCCUCUGCUCUUGAGUUUCCAUUCCCAGCCGGACUCUGAGCCACCCUCCCACUUCCUGUUUUCCCUUCUCCUGGCCUGGCUGCCUUCACCAGUAUGGCUGCUUAUCACCCACCUUCAUGGGUAGAUUUCAGUCCUCCUGAAGCUGGGAACUUUCAGCUCAGUAAGAAGCUAAAACAAACAAAAGCCACAGCCCACCUUUUGGGGGCUCAGGAAUUCCUGUGGGGCCCCCAGGUGGAGCAGCCCAAACUUGGAGGCCUGGCCUUGCCUGCCACUGACAGUUGGAAUAAAUUUGUGUUUCUUGAGCCUGUGAGGAAAAAUAGUUGCGGGUGGGGAUAUCCAGGACACCAAUAGAGACAGCAGCUGAGCUGGAUAGGUGCCCAGCUUCCCUCCAGUUGUCUGCCCUGUGCCCUGGGAAAGCUACCAACCAUGGGCCAAGGUCCGGGACUGUGGGAGGGAGCCAGUUCCUUUGCCCUGUGUCUAGUAUUCCCUGUGUUUGAAUUCCAUUGGCAAUAAAACACUGUUGUCACCAGUGCCCCAGUGA